GCGGGCGAGGAUGGCGGCGGAGAACGAGGCCAGCCAGGAGAGCGCCCUGGGCGCCUACUCGCCCGUGGACUACAUGAGCAUCACCAGCUUCCCGCGGCUGCCCGAGGAUGAGCCGGCGCCUGCAGCCCCGCUCAGAGGCCGCAAAGACGAAGAUGCCUUCCUGGGAGACCCCGAUACCGACCCCGACUCCUUCCUGAAGUCGGCGCGGCUGCAGCGGCUGCCCUCGUCGUCGUCGGAGAUGGGCAGCCAGGACGGGUCGCCCCUGCGGGAGACGCGCAAGGACCCGUUCUCCGCCGCGGCCUCGGAGUGCUCCUGCCGCCAGGACGGGCUCACGGUCAUCGUCACCGCCUGCCUCACGUUCGCCACCGGCGUCACCGUGGCGCUGGUCAUGCAGAUCUACUUCGGAGAUCCCCAGAUCUUCCAGCAGGGUGCUGUGGUGACCGAUGCUACCCGUUGCACAUCGCUGGGCAUGGAGGUGCUCAGUAAACAGGGCUCUUCCGUGGACGCAGCCGUGGCAGCAGCUUUGUGUUUGGGGAUUGUGGCUCCACAGAGUUCUGGCCUGGGCGGUGGGGGCGUGAUGCUGGUUCACGAUAUCCGACGAAAUGAGAGCCGCCUAAUUGAUUUCCGAGAGUCUGCGCCAGGAGCCCUCAGGGAAGAGGCCCUCCAGAGGUCCUGGGAAACCAAGGUGGGGACCCUGCCUGGGCUCUUGGUUGGGGUCCCCGGAAUGGUGAAAGGGCUUCACGAAGCUCACCAGCUCUAUGGCAGGCUGCCAUGGUCCCAAGCCCUGGCCUUCGCAGCUGCUGUGGCCCAAGAAGGCUUCAACGUGACCCAUGAUCUAGCCCGCGCCUUGGCAGAGCAGCUGCCUCCCAAUGCAUCUGAGCGCUUCCUGGAGACCUUCCUGCCACUGGGCCACCCACCCCUGCCCGGCUCCCUGCUGCGCCGGCCGGACCUGGCCGAGGUGCUGAACACUCUUGGCGUCUCUGGCCCGGCGGCCUUCUACAAUGGUGGCAACCUCACCCUGGAGAUGGUGGCCGAGGCUCAGCGUGCAGGGGGUGUCAUAACUGAAGAGGACUUCAGUAACUACAGUGCCCUCGUGGAGAAGCCUGUGUGUGGAGUGUACAGAGGCCACCUGGUUCUCAGCCCCCCACCCCCGCACACAGGCCCUGCCCUCAUCAGUGCUCUCAACAUCCUGGAGGGCUUCAAUCUUACCAGCCUGGUAUCCCGUGAACAGGCUCUUCACUGGAUAGCAGAGACCCUGAAGAUUGCCUUGGCCUUGGCCAGCAGAUUGGGAGAUCCUGCCUACGAUUCCACCAUAACUGAGAGCAUGGACGACAUGCUCAGCAAGGUGGAGGCCGCCUACUUCCGGGGCCACAUCAACGACUCUCAGGCAGCCCCUGCCCCACUCCUGCCUGUCUAUGAGCUGGAUGGGGCUCCCACAGCUGCCCAGGUGCUGAUCAUGGGCCCUGAUGACUUCAUUGUCGCCGUGGUCAGCUCCCUAAACCGGCCCUUUGGCAGUGGCCUCAUCACCCCCUCGGGGAUCCUGCUCAACAGCCAAAUGCUGGACUUCUCCUGGCCCAAUAGGACCGCUAACCACUCGGCACCCAGCCUGGAGAACUCCGUGCAGCCUGGGAAACGGCCACUGUCUUUCCUGCUGCCCACUGUAGUCCGACCAGCAGAGGGGCUCUGUGGGACCUACCUCGCUCUGGGAGCCAACGGAGCUGCCCGUGGCCUCAGUGGCCUGACCCAGGUUCUACUGAAUGUUCUGACCUUGAACCGGAACCUGAGUGACAGCUUGGCCCGAGGACGCCUGCACCCAGACCUGCAGUCCAACCUGCUGCAGGUGGACAGUGAAUUCACAGAGGAAGAGAUUGAGUUUCUGGAAGCCAGGGGUCAUCACGUGGAGAAGGUGGAUGUCUUAUCCUGGGUCCAUGGCAGUCGGAGAACCAACAACUUCAUCAUCGGUGUGAAGGACCCUCGGAGCCCAGAUGCAGCUGGUGCCACCAUCCUGUAGAGCUGUGGGGUGGGGCGGGGUAACUGCUCCACCCAUAUUUGCAUGUUCCCAGAGUCCCUCUUUCUCCCAGGUUUGGUCUCAGGGGGACCCCAAGGAUGCCUCAGAUCAGAGGCCAGAGGGGAUGCUUAGCAAACCCUAUCCCAGAGUAACUGGAAAAUUCUCCAUCAAGAGGCCUGUGCUGGUGGCUGUGAUGUUAGUAUCCACAACCAGGCAGGCAGGACCUUGAGGAGUCAGAUUGUCUCUCUGUCUGUCUGUCUGUCUCCUCUCCUGUAUCAGCCAUGCUGUCCCUGAGCUUAGGGAUGUGCUUGCAAACCCUUCACAAGGGUCUCACAACCCCAGCAUCUCCAGACUGGUCUGACCUGGACCUUGUCUUCCAUUUCCCUUCUCUUGUACCCUGCCUCAUUUCUUAAAUUACUAGGAUUUUUUUUUUUUAACUGGGCCAUCAUGGGGAGGGAUAAUCCUCUCCUUCUACCAGGUUGAGGCAGGGACCUUGC